AUGCUGACCCAUGCAGCUGAUACAUCCACUGCCUCUGCUCCCUUAUCCCCUCAAGAUCACACUGCCUUUGACAUCCCUGCUACUACUCACGAGGACACCAAUGAAUCUGCCCCUGUCCCUCCUUCUGACCACCAUGAAGAUGGAGUCAAUGAGGCCAUGGAGGAGACCUAUCUGGCUGAGCCUGACCAGCAGGCCUUCCAGCCCAUCUUCACUGGUAGACUUGUCUGGUCAGCCAAAUGUUCUGAUAAGCCAAUCGUCCCCUUUGAAGAACUCCCCCUCCCUUGGUCGGACCGACCUCCGUGUCAGGGGUCUCGCGCCUGA